AUGGAGCCAUCUUCUCUGUCUCCCAGUGGGGCAGCACUGCCCCUGCCCCUACCGCUGGCCCAGCCCCCACUGCCAGCGGCUGCCGUGGUACACGUGUCUUUCCCUGAGGUGACCAGUGCCCUCCUGGAGUCCCUUAACCAGCAGCGGCUGCAGGGCCAGCUCUGCGAUGUGUCCAUCCGAGUGCAGGGCCGAGAGUUCCGGGCUCAUCGUGCUGUUCUGGCCGCCUCCUCCCCUUACUUCCACGAUCAGGUCCUACUCAAGGGUAUGACCUCCAUCUCACUGCCCAGUGUCAUGGAUCCAGGUGCCUUUGAGACUGUCCUGGCCUCCGCUUACACUGGCCGCCUCAGCAUGGCUGCUGCUGACAUUGUCAACUUCCUCACUGUGGGGUCCGUGCUCCAAAUGUGGCACAUUGUGGACAAGUGCACUGAGCUCCUCCGUGAAGGCCGGGCCUCAGCCACCACCACGGUUACCACCUCUGCAGCCACCUCAGUCACUAUCCCUGGUGCCGGGGGCCCAGCAGGGAGUGGGGGCACUGUGGCCCCUGCCACCAUGGGCUCUGUGCGCUCCCAUGCCUCCAGUCGAGCAAGUGAGAACCAGUCCCCGAGCAGCAGCAACUACUUCAGCCCCCGGGAGUCCACUGAUUUCUCAUCUUCCUCCCAAGAGGCAUUUGCAGCUUCUGCAGUGGGCACUGGGGAGAGACGAGGAGGUGGCCCUGUAUUCCUGGCCCCUGUGGUUGGUAGUGGUGGGGCCACCUCUGGGAAGUUGCUGCUGGAGGCGGAUGAGCUGUGCGACGAUGGUGGGGAUGGCAGGGGGGCGAUGGUCCCUGGGGCUGGACUCCGUCGGCCCACCUAUGCACCCCCGAGCAUCAUGCCACAGAAACACUGGGUAUAUGUAAAGCAGGGUGGAAACUGCCCAGCGCCAGCGCCUCUGGUUCCCCAAGAUCCGGAUCUGGAGGAGGAGGAGGAGGAGGAAGACCUGGUGUUGACCUGUGAGGAUGAUGAAGAUGAAGAGCUGGGAGGUGGCUCAGGGAUCCCAGCAGGGGGAGGGCCUGAGGCUACCCUCAGCAUCAGUGAUGUCCGGACCCUGACUGAGCCCACAGUCAAGGGGGAGGAGCAGGUCAACUUCUGUGAGUCCUCCAAUGACUUUGGACCCUAUGAGGGUGGGGGUCCCGGGACAGGGCUGGAUGACCCAGGGGGGCCUACCCCCUCUUCCUACACACCCUCCCACCCUCCACGGCCCCUGCUUCCCCUGGACAUGCAGGGCAACCAGAUCCUGGUGUUCCCAUCUUCCUCUUCCUCCUCACAGGCUCCAGGCCAGCCAUCAGGGAACCAGGCAGAGCAUGGGGCAGUAACCCUGGGGGCCACAUCAGCAGGGGGCUUGGGCCUGUCAGGGGGCACUGGCGGUGCUGCUGGGGGAACUGGUGGCGGCGACGGGAAUAAGAUCUUCCUGUGCCACUGUGGGAAGGCCUUCUCGCACAAGAGCAUGCGGGACCGGCAUGUGAACAUGCACCUCAACCUGCGGCCCUUUGACUGCCCCGUGUGCAACAAGAAGUUCAAGAUGAAGCACCACCUGACCGAGCACAUGAAGACACACACAGGCCUCAAGCCCUAUGAAUGCGGUGUCUGCGCCAAGAAGUUCAUGUGGCGCGACAGCUUCAUGCGCCACCGGGGACACUGUGAGCGCCGGCACCGCCUGGGUGGGGGCGGGCCCGGAGGCGGAGGCGGGGCUGGGCCUGGGCCGCCCACUGGGCCAGCCUUGCUGCCCAAACGAGAGUCCCAAGGGGCAGGUGGUGGUAGCGGCGAUGAGACAAGUGGGGCCACGUCCCCGCCGAGCCGAAGGGUCUGGUCCCCAACUAGCGUUCACAAGGUGGAGAUGGGCUUCAAUGGGGGCGGAGGGGCAAACUGAGGGGGCAGAGCUAUUAGGGUUAUCUUUCGGGAAAGAGGGAAUAGGGAGUACCAGCUACGCGCGCUGUGGCUCUGGGUAAUCUCCUACCACACUUAGUCUUCCUUAUCUCUGUGGACUUGUAUAUACUUGGGAAGGGGAAUCAAGUUGCACCACCGUCAACCCAUUCCACUCCUCAGCCACACCCCAUUCCGCAGAAAUUAUCCCCAGAACUAAGCCCUUCCUUCCCCUCACAGGGGUAUACUGAAGCCCUAGCUCCACAGAGUAGGGCGUACAUGGGAGGGGGAAGGGGAGGGGGACUGUUGAGCAUCCCGGAGUAAUAGGAUCAAAGGUCAGGUGGUCGUAGUUUGUGCCUGAAGUCUGUGUUUGUGUUGUUGUGGGGACCAGGCCUUCGAGCCCUACCCUUGUCCCAGAACCUAUCUCCCGCAGAGAUUGUGUCUCUUAUUUCUACCCUACCCCUCUUCUUCCUCCCCCCAACCCCCUUAGUGUUCCCCAACUCGGUUCUCAGUGGGGAGGGAGUGGAGACAAGGAGGGAAUAAGUCAUAGGAGUACAAGGUUUUUAUUUUAAAUCUUUUUUUUUUU